AUGAUCCAUCGCUCAACUAUCAAAUGUUCGCAUUUAUAUCUUAUAGGAGAGCCAUUACCUCGAACUCUUGCUGGCAAGCUUCUGGGAUGUCUUGAAGAACAUACUCAGCUCUUAAAUACGUACGGUGUUACUGAAACGACACUCGAUUGUACCUAUCGUCGUGUGUUUGACGCUGAUGUUCUGCCAUCAGCAUCAACAGCCUUUAUUCCCAUCGGAUUGCCACUGCCCAAUUACGUUUGUCAUAUCAUGAUCAAUGAGGACGAACCACAAGACGGUGUUGGUGAAUUAUAUAUUGGAGGACCUUGCGUUUUUCGAGGCUACUUAAAUCAUGGCACAAAUUCAGUCGACAGUCGUCUGGUAGAAAUCGACAAAAAAAUGUGCUAUCGUACAGGCGAUCUUGUCAAGAUCAUCAAUGGUGAGCUUGCCUAUACAGGUCGACGAGAUUUUCAAGUCAAAAUUCGAGGUACAACAACAACUACUACGACAACUACUACAACAACUACAACAACAACUACAACAACAACUACUACAACAACUACAACAACAACUACUACAACAACUACAACAACUACAACAACUACAACAACUACCACGCCGGCAUCAUUCGAGCAGGAAGCUAUUUGGCUAGAUGAGCAGAUGCGGUUUCGAAGUGGCAAUGAUGGCGUUGCUGUGUAUCAUAUCGUGCUCGCUUUUCGUGUCGUACCGACUGACGGAAAAUCCCAACUGGUAAUAUCGCGUCUUCGAUCAAGCCUUCAACUGCUUGUUGAAAAGCAUGCGUCACUACGUACUUGUUUGCAAAUAUCUGACGACAAUCUGAGUGAAUUACGUCAACGUACUCUGCCGUCUAGUUCAUUCCAAGUUCCUCUUGUCGAAAGUUGGAUCGACAGUGAUAACGAUCUCUACAAUAUCAUUGCUGAUGAUGAAACUAAUCGAUCAUACUUCAAUCUGACUCAGGAUCAUGUCUUUCGAUGUCGCGUGAUCCGAUACCGUGAAGGGAAUAAUGACAGCGUCAUUGUUUUCAACUUUCACCAUUCGGCAUUUGAUGGCACCAGUGAAGUUCUAUUUCUCGAUGAUCUAUGCGAAGUUUAUUCUACUGGUGAACUCACCGAUUUUACAAAUGAAGCACCUAGUUAUCUUGACUAUGCCCGAUGGGAACGGCAACUGGACAUGUCAGCGUCUCUGGCAUUCUGGAAAAAUCAGCUGAAAGAUCAUCAAAUACUUGAGCUUCCCUAUGAUCGAGUCUGUGCAGAAAUCGUUCGAACAGGUAGAGGAUCAUCCGUAUUUGUGCAUAAUGGGGAUGCACUUGGUAUAUACGCCCGUCAACAACAAGUAACACUUUUCCAGUUAUGUCUUGCUACGUACUAUGUGUUUCUCUACAAACUCAUCGGCAGUCGAGAUUUGAUGGUAGGCAGUUUUGUCGCCAAUCGAACACGACCCGAACUAAGUUCGAUGAUUGGCAUGUUUGCUAAUCUGGUACCAUAUCGUCUCGCGAUUGAGCCACAGGAAACAUUUCGACAAUUGAUCGAACGAGUACAAAACCUUUGCCACAGUGUACUGUCUCACAUUGGCCUACCCUUUCAGACUUUGUCCAAACUUCUACAUCCAACACGGGGUAUUGUUACAACUUUGGAUUUCGAAACCGUUGUCACUCAAUAUUCUCUCGAUAACAAUCUUCAACUCUCGCGUAUGACUACACCUGUGAACACGAUGCCGUUUGAUCUAUCGCUUUCAUUCAAAUACGAUCUCGUAACAAAUAUAAUCACUGGUACAUUCGACUAUUCUCUCGAUGUAUUCGAUCAUCAGACUAUUGAAACACUCGCUCAUCGAUUUCAACUGCUCUUGGCACAAUUGCUGACCGACGACCAACGACCUAUUUAUAAAUUAAACAUAUUACUCGAUAGUGAACGACAAAUAUUACACAAUUUCAAUCCUGCUAUUCUGACACCAGACUUUGAACCUUGCCACUGGAUAUUUUCUCGUCGAGCAGACGAUCAUCCACAAAAAAUUGGUAUCGUCAUGGAAGAUCAGAGUCUUUCAUACAGUGAGAUCCUCUAUUAUGCACAGCAGUGGGCCAUGCAUCUCCUCGUAACAUGUCAUGUCAACGUUGGUGACCUUGUACUACAAGUUGUAGAACGAAGUAUUCACGCCGUGUUGGGUGUUUUUGCUAUAUGGAUGUGCGGUGCUGUUUACGUACCAUUUAAUCCUCGAGAUCCGAUUGCACAACUCCAACAACGUAUUCAUAAUUUAGAGGUUGAUAUCGUGCUUGUUCACGAUGCAACACGAUUCUAUGUUACGCUCGAUUCUGAUAUUACUAUUGUCGAAUUAGAUCGAAUUCCUCUAGAACAACACAGCGAUGUAUCCGCAUUGGAUUCGAUUUCGGUUAUAUCUGAUGAUCUUUCGCAUAUUGUUUUUACAUCAGGUUCCACAGGCACGCCGAAAGCGGUAAGAUAUGAAUCACUAUGCAAAUACAACAGUUGA